AUGGGAUUUGAUCGUGAGCAUAUUGUGAUGCUUCCCAUGAUAGCUAAGGGUCAUCUCAUACCAUUCUUGGCACUAGCAAAGCAAAUGCAACAGAAAACAGGGUUUACCAUCACCAUUGCCACAACCCCACUCAACAUUCAAUACCUGCAAGCUACCAUUUCCUCAACUUCAUCAUCAUCAAACACUCAAUCACACUCCAACAAUUUUGACAUCAACUUGGCUGAGCUUCCAUUCUGCAGCUCAGACUUUGGCUUGCCCCCAGACACUGAGAGCACAGAGAAUUUGUCUCUGAAACAAAUUGGAGAUCUUUGUGCUGCAACAGUGAAUCUUGAAGUUCCUGCUCGCCGCCUAAUCUUGGAUAUCAUCGAAAAAGAAGGCCGCCCGCCACUUUGUAUUAUCUCAGAUACGUUCUUUGGGUGGGCUACUAAUCUUGCAAAGAGCUCAGGCACUGUGAAUGUGACUUUCACAACAUCCGGUGCUUAUGGCAGUGCAGCCUUCAUGUCCAUUUGGCUUAACCUCCCACACCGAUCCACAGCUUUAUGCGAUGGCUACUUCACGCUGCCCGGGUUUCCAGAUCAGUCUCGUUUUCAUAUCUCUCAGCUGCAUCACUAUAUAAGAGCAGCAAAUGGGACAGAUUCUUGGUCAAAAUUUUACCAGUCCCAGUUUUCACUUUCUACCAAAUCUUUCGGUUGGUUGUGUAAUACUGCUGAGGAAAUUGAGCCACUUGGAUUGGAGAUUUUGAGGCAUUACUUUAGGCUUCCUGUUUGGUCCAUUGGACCUCUUAUUCCCAAAGAUUCUCUCAAGAACUCAUCCACUUCGGAUUUAAGAGUUUCAAGGCAACCUGCUGAAAAAUGCAUGGAGUGGCUGGACUCGCAUGGCUCAGAUUCUGUUGUUUAUAUUUCCUUUGGUUCUCAGAACACAAUCAGUGAAACACAGAUGAUAGAAUUGGCUAUUGGGUUAGAAGAAAGUGGAAGGGCUUUUAUUUGGGUCAUUAGGCCUCCAGUUGGGUAUGAUAUGAAGGGAGAAUUCAGAGCUGAAUGGUUGCCUCGAGGGUUCGAAGAUCGAAUGUGCAAAAGCAAGAAAGGCUUGUUGGUGCACAACUGGGCACCACAGUUGGAGAUUUUGUCACACAAAUCCACAGGGGCAUUUGUAAGUCAUUGUGGGUGGAAUUCAGUGCUGGAGAGCCUAAGCCAAGGAGUUCCGAUUAUAGGGUGGCCCUUGGCAGCCGAGCAGGCGUUUAACUCAAAGAUGCUGGUGGAGGAGAUGGGUGUGAGUGUGGAGCUGACAAGGGGAGUGCAGAGCGUUAUUGUUGGCAAGGAGGUGAACAGAUUGAUAGAUUUGGUAAUGGACAAAAGUGGCGAAGGAGGAGAAAUGAGGAAAAAAGCUGGUGCAAUUAAGGCGCAGAUAAGAGCAGCAAUAAGAGAGGAGGCUGAAUUCAAGGGAUAUUCUGCAAAGGCAAUGGAUGAUUUUCUUGAAGCCAUUCUAUCAACAAGACAAAAACAAAAAUCCUAA